AUGGUGACGGGGCCUGGUCCUGGUCCCGGCCUGUGUGUGUCUCUCUCUCGGUCCCCGGGCUCAAGGCCUUUUUACAGUCCAUUGUCAGGAUGUCGUAUAUGUUACCGCAUCUCCACAAUGGCUGGCAAGUGGAUCAGGCCAUUCUGUCAGAAGAGGAUCGCGUUGUAGUCAUUCGAUUUGGUCAUGACUGGGACCCAACUUGUAUGAAAAUGGAUGAGGUGCUGUAUAGUAUUGCUGAGAAGGUGAAAAAUUUUGCUGUUAUUUAUCUUGUGGAUAUCACAGAGGUACCAGAUUUCAACAAGAUGUAUGAAUUGUAUGAUCCCUGUACAGUUAUGUUUUUCUUCAGGAACAAGCACAUUAUGAUUGAUCUGGGCACUGGUAACAACAAUAAAAUUAAUUGGCCUAUGGAAGACAAACAGGAAAUGAUUGACAUUGUGGAGACAGUUUAUAGAGGAGCUCGUAAAGGAAGAGGUCUUGUAGUUUCUCCGAAAGAUUAUUCUACAAAAUACAGAUAUUGAAGUGUCCAUGUUUCCUCAGUCAGUAACUUCCAAUGUGCUUCAGUGUGGAAUAACAUAAAUGGAUAUCAGCAUAUUUGCAAAAUUUCAUAUUUAUAUAAACGCUUGGAUU